GACAGUGACCGAGAAUCAAAACAAACCAGUUAUCUCAACAAUCGAAUAUUAGAAAAUUUCUUCACAAAAGUGACUCAUCUCUGAACCUCUCUGAACAAAAUAAAUUAUUGAAAGCUGAUCAAGUCUCAAACUUCUAAGAUAUUAACAAAUAUUAAGUAUUAGUUUUUGCAUAUUCGUUGAGUAUAAUAAUAUCAAAACGGGGAACGAUAUGUCUGUAUCGGCAAUGGAAAAACACCUAUUUAAUCUCAAAUUUGCCGUUAAGGAUCUGGAGCGGAACGCUAAAAAAUGCGAAAAAGAGGAAAAAACGGAAAUUCUAAAAACAAAAAAGGCCAUCCAGAAAGGCAACACGGAGGUGGCCAGAAUACAUGCCGAGAAUGCCAUUCGGCAGAAAAAUCAAUCCCUCAACUACCUACGGAUGAGCGCCCGAGUAGAUGCUGUGGCAAGUCGGGUUCAAACGGCUCUGACGACCCGUCAGGUCACCAACUCGAUGGCCGGGGUGGUCAAAGCUAUGGACGCUGCUAUGAAGGGUAUGAAUCUGGAGAAAAUUUCCGGUCUGAUGGAUAAGUUUGAAUCCCAGUUCGAGGACUUGGACGUUCAGAGUUCUUACAUGGAAAAUACAAUGUCUCAGACGACGACAACGUCUGUACCGCAGAACGAUGUUGAAUCACUGAUGCAACGGGUGGCUGACGAGGCUGGUCUGGAGUUGAACAUGGAACUUCCUAGCGGGCCGGCAUCUACUGCUAUCGGAGCAUCAACACAGGCUUCAACUGAACAGGACGAACUAACGGCUCGUCUCGCCCGAUUACGUCAGGCGGAAUAAAAUUGCUUUGAUUUAUUAAAUGGUUUUAGCUGAUGUUAACGACUUACGGAAUGAACGAUUCAACUUGAUGUGUAUUGAUCGCCACAAUGCAUAUUCACCCUUAUUAUUAAGUACAACAGUCUACGGAUUUUGUCUUUAAUGAGACUUCGGUUAAAGAAAACAAAAAUUUCGCCCUAUUAAACAUUCAGGGAGAUCAAAAACCCGGCUAGGCCCGAUGCCCAAGUAGCGUCUUUUCAACGCUACGUGCAUGCGGCCUUGAACAAAACACAGGUGUUAACAGCGAUAACGCAGCGUGGGAAGACGUUACGAGGACAUCGGGCCUAACGCGAAAAAUACUUCCUAUGUGUUAAGUUAACUGAUAACCUCAUACCAAGAUUCUCGGGAUAUGAAGCUUUAUUUACGGACUAGUGAUCCUACCGACACUUUCAAACGAAUUUGAACCGAAAUUUUUUCGAAGUUGUUCUCGUCCUGCUCGUUCCUUUUUGUCAACGAAUGGAUAUGAGGGGGAUGGGAAUAAUUUCGAGUUGCUCAUUGGAUAGCAUUAUAUUCGUUUGACAGUGACUAUAGUGCUGUCCAAUGAGAGCUUGAAGUAGCUCAAAGUUUCUCCCUGUCCUGAUCAUGCCCAUUUGUUGACAAAAAAGAACAAGCAGGACGGGAACAACUUCGAGCUGACCAUUGGACAGCACUUAUAAUAACAGUGUCGUCAAGUGUCAGAAUUGGAACAGAAUGGUCUGUUAUUUCCAUACAAAUGCGCGUUCCAAACGAGCAGGAGACCUAUCAAACGUGACACAUGACGUUACUCUUCUUAUAUAGGACUCUAAUUCGUUUUCGCUUUCGAUUCUGCUCCCGUCCCGUCCUGCUCGUUCUUGUUCAACAAACAGAGAUGCAUCUGAACACGAGAACGCGUGUUCGUGUUCAAAACGUUCUGAACACUGCACACUGUUCAAGAGCACUGACCUAACUUAGCCACUUGUAUCCUAGGAAAAUGUUGGCAUGCUACACAUUUUUCGACUAGUAAUGGAACACGUGGGCUUCUAACGGAUAGAAAUCAAGCAUGCUGGUAUGUUUUUGCAUAGUUUCAAAUCUAAGGAAUCAUAGUUACCAUGAUCGUUUUCUUGGCUCACGUUCUGUUCAGGAUGUAUCUCUGUCAACGAAUGGACAUGAGAGGGACGGGAAUAACUUCGAGCUACUUCGAGCUGCUUAUUGGACAUCAUUAAUGUCAGUCUAUUUUUAUUUGAAAGUGCAUUUGAAUAUCCUAGAUUUGAAUGUACAAGCAGAGAUGUCCUACACAGUUGGCAAAAAAUCUGCUCUUUUAUUUUUCACAAUUUUCUACAGUAAAAUGAAAUACAUUCAGUGAGUGCAACUAAUAGAUGGAUAUUUGAGUUUUCAAAAUGUUACUUCCAUCUGACAAAAUGCUGCACGAAGUGAUAUCUAUCUAUUAGUUGCACUCGUUGAAUGAAUUUUAUUUGGUUGUUAAAAAUUGUGAAAAAUAAAAGGGCAGAUUUUUGCCAACUGGGUAGGACAUCUCUGUAAAACAAGCAUGCAAAUAGCUUCUAACCUCGAGAAUCUUAUGCUCGGAAUUUGUAACCAUGUUUCCAUGGGAAUUUUUGAGGCAACUGAUAUCCUAACACCUCGGGAAUCUUGAUCAUGAAUUUUGCUUCCAUGUAUUUUUAAAUAGGCGGGAUUGACAGGAUCUUGACGCAAAAAUAGAAAAUUCUAUGAACAAGAAUAUACGAUACCUGUGUCCGGUUGACCACCCUUAAGCCUCGAACGCAAUAGAACAGACGGGGCGGUAAUGGCAGGAUUUGACAGAAUUGCAUUCUGAGCUUUAUAAUAUUUGUAUUUUGCUGACGUCGCGAAUAAGCAUGUGGGUUGAAUUUCACUUUAAUUAAUACAUAGAAACGCAUGUCUGGGUUCUAAUAUGUUCAUCAUUAAUUUGGUUGAUUUGGAAAGCGAUGAUUUACAAUUUUCGAUCGGUGAUUUGCAUUUUUGUUCUGUUUUAACUUUCUAUUGAAGAAAUAAGCAGAUUAGGAUUUCAAAUAAAGCAAAACUUAAAGUUUUUUUUGCUAAUUAGCGUAAGAAAAUUGUAAGCCUAAUUUAAAUUGUAUUUUACUUUUUUACAAUUGUGUCAAUCCAGCACCAAAUAGUUUCUAUGCUAAGUCGUUGAAUAAAGCUAAGUAUGUAUAAUAUGUUUCUUUUCUGUACAUCUGUGCUUUAUAAUAAACGCAAUGUGAUAAGUAUGGA